AUGAUUCUGCAGCUUGCUACGGCUGCCAUAUCAAAGCACACAGAAUGGAUGUUUAAACAACAGAAAUGGGAUUUUUCCAAGGUAGAAGUCUGUGAUCAAGGUGUUGGCAAGGACAAUGGUAACUCUCACCAAUUUCCUGUUAUUAAAUGCAAAGCAGCUGUGUUAGGAACAGAACAGAAGAAACACUUUUUCAUUAAGGAAAUAGAAGUCGUCCCAUUAAUGUCUGAAGAAGUUCAUAUUAAGGAGCUUUGAAUCAAAGGACUCUGUCACAGAGAUGACCACAUGCUAAAAGGACCAAUGGUGUCUAAGUUUCCAGUGACUGUGGGCCAUGAAGCAACUGGAGAGAACAGAUGCAAGGGCAAACCAGUCUGUCACUACAUGAACACCAGUGUGUUUGCUGAAUACAAUACACUGGUGGAUGAAUCUUUCAUCACUGAUGGAACCAGACUGAUGAUGCAACCCCUGAGAGUCUAUUUAAUUGGAUGUGGAUUUUUCACUGGAUAUGGAAUUGCAAGCAAGUAUGACUUGGAUCUUUUCCAAAGAGCACAAGCCCAGGCUUCAGAGAAUUCGGCUAAAUGUGUGUGGAAACACCCACCUGGCUAUGAGAUCUAUCACAAAGUCUCCAUCUCCGUGUUUGAAGUGGAUGGCAAGAAAAAACAGAUCUACUGCCAAAACCUGUGCCCGUUGGAUGAUCUUUCAGUCAUCAUGGGGUGUAAGCUGGCUGGUGCACCCAGGUUUCUUGGGAUUGAUCUGAACAAAGACAAAUUUGAGAAGGCCAUGGCUAUGAGAGUCACCAAGUGCAUCAACCCCCAGGACUCUAUGAAGCCCAUCAGUGCAGUGCUGUCAGAAAUGACAGGCAACACUGUGGCCUACAGUUUUGAAGUCAUUGGGCAUCUUGAAAGGAUGUCUCCCCACAUGACACAAAUAGUCAAAGUGAAGAGGCUCAACUUAGAACUCGUAUUAGAAAAUGUGAGCUUAUUUAUAGGUUGGAAAAGCAGAGAGAAUCUUCCAAAACCAGUGACUGAUUUCCUGGCAAAGAAAUUUGACCUGGACCAGCUGAUUACGUAUGUUUUACCUUUUAAAAAAAUCAGUAAAGAAUUUGAACUGCUCUUAUUCAGGAAUGGCUCUGGAGUAGCCCAUCCAAGGCCUCCAAGCCCACCAAGCCUCCAAGCCCACCCAUGGCAGUACCCAAACUGA